ACCAUGUGCUCUUCACUGCGCUUGUUGGUGCUUCUAAGCAUUAUAGGAUGUGCGGAGCUAAUCUCGGUCAGCACCACUCAGACGUACAUCAACGUCACGCUGGGUGGAAGCGUCCUGCUCCCGUGCACGUUCGCGACGAACCAACCGACCACCAGCCUCAUAGUCCAGUGGGAUUUUAUCUCUGCUUCCAUGGCUCUACAACAGGUUUAUUAUUACCAAUCAGGACAAGUCGUCAUUCCCAAAUCCUAUGAGGGAAGGCUGCAGGUUCCUUCCUCUCCCAGCACCACGAGCAACGCCUCCAUAAUCAUAAGCAACAUGCAGCCAUCAGACAGCGGAGUCUACACCUGUGAGGUGCACAACUUCCCCGAUGUGAGCGGGAAGUCCCAAGUCAACAUGGUUGUUAACGUCCUUGAGAAACCUUCUACUCCAUACUGUGCUGUGCACGGUGACGUGGAAACCGGUCACCUGGUCACUCUUACCUGCCACAGUGAGCGUGGGAGCCCGGCGCCCAAAUACACCUGGGUCAAACUGGAUCAGGCCAGGACCAGGAGGCCUGUGCUGGGGAGAACAUCGAUGGCUGGAGUGCUGCAGAUCAGAAACAUAUCCCAGUUUGAGUUUGGGGAGUAUCAGUGCAACGCUACAAACGCAGUGGGAUUUUCCACCUGCACUAUUGAGCUGGCUCAUGAAGCAGGAGACGGCGUGAUCGCAGGCGCAGUAAUCGGCGCGUUGCUCGGAUGUGUCCUGAUCGUCCUGCUGGUGUGGUUCAUCGCUCAUUCUGUGAAGAAGCACAAAUACAAAGCAGUGAAGGCAUCAGAGGCCAAUGAGAUGACGAGGCACUCUCCUCAGCCUCAGGAAGCUGCAGAGGGUGUUCCCAUGGCAACCACAGCCCACAACCUGCAUGCAGAGGAAGAUGAGCCACAAGCUUAAGAAUAAAAGUGGAGCAUCGUCAUUAAUAUAAACUUAAACAGCUUUUGGAGGUGCCUUUAAAACAGUAUAUGUUCAGAUUGAAUCAUUUUGCCUUUUCUAAUGUUUGUUGAAUUAUUAACAUGAUUUCAGGCCUUCUUAGCUUUAUUCAAACUUCAUUCUUUUUUUUUUUUGUUUGCCUUUGUCUACUUAGAUACAUCAGUCACGAGUGCUCUUAAACUUCUUAACAAUUCUUUAAUCGUUUUUAAAAAGACAGUAAGAUCACCGAUUUGUUUUCUUAUUAAUCACCACAUAAAUAUUUUGCAAAUAUAAUGUGUGCAAAGUCGGCAUAAUGUAAAUGGUCGCAGUCAUAAAGUGAUUUUAAAAAAUAGUAUGGACAACAAUCUUAUUGCAGGUUUUUAUAUUUUAAGAUUCCAUUUGCUUAGUCAGCUAAAUAUUAAAACUGAAAAUCAAAAUUUAAAAAGAAUAAUCUAUUUUGUAGCUUUAGAUUUUUUUUAUAUUACAUAUUAAUUUGAAUAAUGUGCAGAUUUUUUUAUUUGAAUCUUUGUUCAUGCUACUUUGUCAAUUGACAUUUAAUAAAUUAAUUGUUUUUUUUUUUGAGUGACUGCCUCACCAAAUUUAAACUGAUGCCCAAUAGUGUAAUAUGGUCAGAUUAGUGCCCAUAGAGCUCUGAGGGUUUUUAAUGUAGUAAUAAAUCAUAUUAGAGAAAUUCAACUACUUUCUUGAGCACUGAGAGGUCUGGUGUCAUCAUAUUUUUAGAGCAGGCUAUUGUCCAUCAUUUAA